UGGAGUUCUGAGCUGAAACCCUAGCCUAUAAAAGCUGGAAUAUAUAUAGACACCAUCGCUGCUCACCGGCUCCAUUAGGGUUUUUCCAGUGCUUCGGGGGCAGAAGAAUUAUCACCUAUCUCGAGCUCUCACGUUAAUUCGAAGCCAUGUCGAGGAGAAAGGUGAGGGAACCCAAGGAGGAGAAUGUGACUCUUGGACCGAAUGUGCGGGAGGGGGAAAUUGUGUUUGGUGUAGCUCACAUUUUUGCAUCCUUCAAUGACACAUUCAUUCAUGUGACUGACUUGUCUGGAAGAGAAACCCUUGUUCGAAUUACUGGUGGUAUGAAAGUCAAGGCUGACAGGGAUGAAUCUUCACCAUAUGCAGCCAUGCUUGCAGCACAAGAUGUUGCACAACGAUGCAAGGAGCUUGGCAUCAAUGCUCUUCAUAUUAAGCUACGUGCUACUGGAGGUAACAAGACCAAGACCCCUGGUCCAGGUGCCCAGUCUGCACUUAGAGCUCUUUCUCGUUCAGGCAUGAAAAUUGGUCGCAUAGAGGAUGUGACUCCAAUUCCCACCGACAGCACUCGCAGAAAGGGUGGCAGAAGGGGGCGGCGUCUGUGAUUUAUUGGACUAUGUUCACGCUUAUCUCUGCAGUUUUGGCUGGGAUUCUUAGUUCAGUUUUUCAUGUUACUGCUUGUUGGUUUCAAGUAAAACAUUGUAGUCUGGGAUUGUUCUAUAUGACAUUUGAUGUUUUGGAGCUUAAAAAGUGUGAAAGAUGAGAAGAUUUCCCUCAAAUGCUGGAUUUUAAAGCCAAGAAUGCUCUACUAGCCUUCAGUUUCUAUGAUAUAUAUCUGGUAUUUUCUUUGAA